AUGCCAGAGGUCAGUUUACUCAGAGUGAAACAUUUCAUCAUGAACCUACUUUGCCUAUGGCUCUCCCCAGUCUGGCUCCCUCUCUGUCUCACAGUUCGUACAUGCAGGUGCACAACUGUACGUGGCUUUGAGGGUGAGAAUGUUACUCUCCCAUGCAAGUACGACUGGCAUUAUCAUGGGAAAUGUGAGAUAUGCUGGAUAAAAGGAGAAAUACCCUCUAUGGGCUGUGGUACUGAAAUUAUUGCUACUGAUGGAGACAAAGUAGUACACCAAACGUCUUCCAGAUACCAGUUAAAUGGAGAACUACAGAAGGGAGAUGUGUCUAUGAUGAUCAUCAAUGCAAGACAAAAUGACUCAGGAAAAUAUGGCUGCAGAGUGCAUGUGCCUGGAUGGUUCAAUGAUGACAAAUAUACUGUUCACUUAAAUAUCAUGAGAGGGAAACUCAAAAGAAGAAACCUGAUGAUGGCAGGAAUAAUGCAGAACCUGAAUGAUUCAGUCAUCUACAGCAACUCACAGAUCAACCCAGGUCGGCAACGCACAGCACUGGCUGUUGAGAACGUCUAUAAUUUGGAGCCAGAGAAUGUAUAUGAACAAUGAUUCUUAUAACUUCUGAAACCCACUUUUUGUACACUGCUUUUCAACAGAUUUUUAUGAUUGUUUUUUUGUGAGGAAAAAACUUCUCUGACCUGCACAGAACUCCUUCGAAGGGGGCAUCUAAUUUAAGACUUGUGAACUUGGUGACUCUAAAUGCUUCUUUAUUUCUAUGACCAAAUUCAUCACUGUGCAUAGAGGCUAAAUAUACUUGCUUCCUCUUUCAUUCAUGUUGGUUCAUGUCUAAUAGUGAAUAUGUACAUUCUCAGGUGUGUAGAUACUUUUACAGUAAUAACUCGGAACAAACUCAUCAAACCAUGUCUUUAUGAUACCUCGCUUUGUUUACAGUGCCACAGUCAUGGUGGAACAAUGGAAUAAUGGAAAUUUUAGCAGCUAUUUAUAUAUUUUUCCAUCUUUACUUAAGGCUUCAAUAUUCUACAGCUGCUGGUUCAUUAAUGACAAGUACAUUGAGAAGAGCAAACUGACAAACUGUUCAUUCAGAUUAACCUUAAUUCUUUAUUCAAAAUUGUAA